GAUUUGAGAUUAGCUUCAUGGUGAAAACUCACAACAUUUGAGAUCUGGUCUGACUUAUGAUCCGCAAAUUAGAUAUUUCUAAUGAUCUCAAAUCAUCUCAAAUUUUAAAUUUAAGACCACCAAACACUCCCUACCUACAUGCUUCCUCCAGUCGAGACCUUUGAAUCAUUAACAAUAAGUUAAUAACAAUGGAUUUAUAUCUACCAUUGUAAUUAUUGUCCUUGAUUAGUUUGGUCUCUCAAUAAAUUUUAGCAUAAAGAGUGAUGGAAAGUCAAGAGAGAGUUAUCAUUAGAUUUCCAGAAGUAUGCUGAAAAUAUUAGGAGUUUAUUAUUAGAAGAUUCUUUAGUUUUUCAUCAAGACAUAUUUGAAUUCAUCUAGCAAAAGAUCUGAACUAAAGCCUUACUGUUGUGAAUCACUUUUAUUGUAGAAAAGAGAAGCUUGAAUUGGUAGAGGCAAGUGGCAUCCACAAUAAUUGAGCAUAAAGCAUCUUUGAGCACAAACUUUUCCACACAUCAUGCUUUUCCCGCUCACUACCAAAUGCCAAGUCUCAAGAGUCAAGACUGAAACUACCAAGUUAAGUUGGAGGUUUUAAGCAACGUCAAAAUCCAUUUCCGAAUCAAAUUCUUUCUCUAAAUCAGCCGAAUCUGAAUGCAUUUCCUAAUAAAAACAAAGCCAACCCAUAUUCUAAAUUGAUAGUUUUUAUUUUCCGGGUUUCUGUUCUUUAAAUUUUUAUUUAUCACUUCAUCUUCUUCGGUUUUUUUUUUUUGAGAAACCAAAUCAAAAUUGACUGUACCUCCAUGAAAUAUGAUGGAAAAAAAGAAGAGGAAAAAACCCGGAAAAGAACACCGAGCUCAGCAAAAUAGACGUAGCUCGUCCCACGCCUCCACGGACGCGGAAGUUCCAAGGACGUCUCAGUCAUGGACACGCCGGAGGGGAGGAGGUACACGUACGCCUGUUCAGGUGGCACCAUCUACGCUACGUGCCGGCUUCUCCUCCGAAUCGUCCCAUCCAUGGCAGAUGACCACAAUCUUCAACUCCUUUCUGCAAAUGACAAAGGAAUAAUCGAAGUGUUGCACAACAGGCCGGGAUGAGUUCAUUUUACUCUUCUUUCAGGCAGUCUAAUCCUUCGUGCUUCGCCCAAAACGGGUUCAUUUCCAAUCCAUUGAGUCCCUCAGAAGUAGUUAUAACAUGGCCUGUGAAAGGGUAGUUCAGUCACACAGAAGCAGACGACGGCUAUAUAUCAGAGGCCAUAUGGGCGCUAAGGGAAGAAGUGGAAGGGCAGGGUGGGUGGUGAUCAGGAGGAAAGGAUGGCACAGGAGGUACUGAAGCUGGUGUCGCCAAACAUCGAGAACGAUGGGAGGUUGCCGAGGAAGUACACGCAGGAGGGACAGGGGACUCAGCAGGACAUAUCACCGCCGCUGGAGUGGUAUGGGGUCCCCCAUGGUACCCAGAGUCUUGCGCUCAUUGUCCAGGACAUUGACGCUCCCGACCCCAGCGGUCCCAUCGUCCCGUGGACUCAUUGGGUGGUGGUAAACAUUCCCCCGACUUUGAAGGGGCUGCCAGAAGGAUUUUCAGGGAAGGAGGAGGAGAAAGGAGGCGAUUGCAGAGGGAUAAAGGAAGGCAACAACGACUUUAAGAUCCCGGGAUGGAGGGGACCGAAGCUGCCAUCGUACGGUCAUAGGUUUCAGUUCAAGCUUUAUGCUCUGGAUGAGCAACUACAUCUCGGCAACAAGGUCUCUCUCUCUCUGUCUGUCAAUGCAUGUGACCAAGGACAAGGUGGUGGACGCCAUCCAAGGCCACGUGUUGGGUGAAGCAGAACUGAUGGCCAUCUUCUAGCCAAACUUUGACAGGGACGGGAAAAGAGAGAGAGAGAGCCAGAGAGGAAAUGAAUGUACAUAAGGAGCUUUUAUGAUCUUUUGUGCAAGAGAGAGUGACAGAAACUAAAAUGAACUUUGCUUAUGAUGAACAGGAUGAUUACGAUGAUCAGGAUGAUGCUAUUUGUUGUUA